AUGGCGCUUCCAGGGGUUUGUGAGGACCUUGCAUCGUCUCAAAAUCUCUCAGGAGAGGAUGAUGUGCCGAAUCAAAAAGUGCCCAGCAUCAAGUUGAAAGGUCGGUCGAGUCAAAUGUCGCAAAUGUCCGAUGAGGACGAGAGGCCCAGGAGACGUGGGGCGAGUCACCGAACCAACACCCAAUCUUCGGCCGAACCGGCGCUGGGCUUGGACAAUGUCCACAAUCUCUUAGAGGCCCUCCAGGACAUCCCCAACCAGCUGAAGAAUGUCCAGAAGACCUUGAAAAAGCUGCAGCAGCAAAGCGAGUCUUUACUGAAAGGGCAAGCUGAAAGUAAAGAGAUGCUGAACAGGUUCGAACCGGGUGCAAUGGUGGCGACCGCUGUGCCGAUGUCCGGAAUGGCGGCCAGCAAUAGGCUGUCUCCCACACAUCCCACACCGGGCGGCCUCCCACAACGGCCUGGGUUAGCGCGGCAAGCAUCGCGCGGGCAACUGGAUCAACCAGAUAAGUUGCCGGGAGCUCUACCAACUCCUGGCGGCGAUGGAGGCAUCAUCCGCCGCACCAGCGUAGCCAUCGGGAUGGGAGGCAAUAACUUGCCCUUCUUCGGCAGAUCUGCCGCUGCUCCCGCGCCACAAAUGCAGAUGCAGCCGAUGCAGAUGCAGCCGAUGCAGAUGCAGCCGAUGCCGAUGCCGCAGAUGGUGCCGAUGGCACCGAUGCCGCAGAUGGGCAUGAUGGGCGUGGUGCCCGUCCCUGGCGCUCCCGCGCCACCGGCGCCGGCCACGGGCACGCGACGCGCCAGUCUGGCUUUUGGCUCGGUGCAGGGAGCUCCGGCGCAGCAAUUGGCUCCGGUGAUACAUCAGAUCCCUGCCGCGGUGUUGCCGGCCUUUCAAGAAGGCUCAGACGAGGACGAAGAAGGCUUCUCAGACUCCUCUGAUGAUGAGAAGGGCGGCAAGGGCAGCAAGGGCAGCAAGGAAGAGGAUCCGGACCUGAAAUCGCCCAACCUGAAUGGAGUGCUGAAAAACAGCGGGGGUGAUAGCCCGCCGGAAGCGCAGGUGGGUCCUGUCAGGCCUCCGACGGUGAAGAACGUGCAGCUGAAGGUUGCGGAGGAAAACGAUGACGACGACUCGUUUUCGUCGAGGUCUGGAAGUGAGGUGGGAUCCUUCGCCAACAACUGGACCCUGAAAGCGGCUGCGCCAGAUCAGCUCGCAGAGGCGGGCCGCUUGAGUAGCAUGAGAAGCAGAGCCUGGCAGCAGGAAGAUUUGGGAAGUAUCAUCAACAAGCCAAAAAGCAGGUAUGUGUUGAUGCCCGACUCCUUGUUCAGCUUCUGUUGGAACUGCCUGAUGACGGUGUGCACCCUCAUGUUGGCUGGUGUGAUCCCGAUUCAGCUGACAUACUUCUGGGGUGACACUCUGCCGGGCUGGGAACCGAUUUGGGUUUUGGUGGACAUUUGCCUUGCCAUGGACGUUCUGGUGAGCUUCCUGACCACUCAGCUGGAUCCAAAGACCCUGCAAUUCUUGGGACUGCGCGAGGUGGCCCAUCUCUAUGCGCGGAGUUGGUUAGUCAUCGAUCUGCUGGCCAUGUGGCCUUUAGGCAUCACUGCCGCGCCACAAUCCGCAGGGUACAUCUUCCACAGGUGUUUGAAGUUGCUGAAGCUCCUCAAGCUCCGCUACUGGUUUCCGCGAAUUGAAGAUAUCCUCCAGAGCAGACAACUGUCUGGGCUGAAGAUGUCGGGCGCCAUGCUGCUCUUGGUCCAUGGGUUGGGCUGCUGCUGGUUCAUCGUCCGGCACGAUCUACGAUCCGGCAAUUGGGGCACAGGAGAAGACUAUGUCGCUGACGUCUACUUUGUCGUCAUGGCCUUGACAUCGGUGGGUUUCGGCGAUAUCGUCCCUGUGGGCACAGGUGCCAGACUCUACUGUGUCAUGGUGAUGUUAGCCUCGAGUCUCUUCUCGGGCGUCUUGGUGGCCUUUGUGGCGCAGGCCCUACGCACCGUCUUUGACGAUGAAGUGGAGAAAUAUGUUUGGCAAGCAUCCGAAUUUAUGCGGCACAGGAAGGUCCCGGUCGACCUCCAGAAACGCGUGGAGCAUGGUCUUCGGCAGAAGUUCCAACAGGAACUGAGUUUCUCCGUUGCACCGAAAAUCCUGUCGAACCUCUCACCGUCCAGCCAGAGAGAGCUGGCUUUAGAGCUCUUGAGAUCUGCGGUCAUGAACUUCCCUGUCUUCGAGGAAGCACCUGAAGGCUUCGUCGGACAGCUGGCCUCAGCCUUCACCUGGGUGCAAUCUCUUGCUGGAGAUCUAGUCGUGGAGGAAGGUCAACUGGAAGAGGAGUUGGUCUUCGUCAUCGAAGGUAGCCUCAUGAAGAUUCGCAGUGGCUUUGGACUCAUGAGCAUCGAAGAUUCCGACGACGAGGACGAAGACUCCGUCGAUGGAAUGAAGAAAACUCCGUUCUGUAAAGGUGCUUGGUUCGGUGAACGAUGUCUUUUUCAGGAUGACAGUCUCAGGGACUUCACGGUCAUUACAGAUGUUGACUCUGAACUUGCAGUGCUAUCAGCAGUGGACUACAUGAGGAUACUGAAGUUGUAUCCACGGCUGCACAGGCAGCAUGAAGACCUGGUCACGGCCUUGGAGAAGGGGAAGAUGGACCUUGCAGAUUUGGCCUACAAGGCGCCAACAGCCCAGGAAAACUAUGUGACAGGUGGGGCUCCCGUUCGCGCCUUCGGUUGGUUGAUGUUUGCUGGUGCUCCAAAGCACUCGAGGCGUGUUUCAAAAAGGGCAAACAUCGAUGAGACCGCAGGUGGCUGGGCGGCUGCGGGCUGUGAGGAUUUCGGGUGCCGUGACGGUGCCAUGACGCUCUGUCCUCCGCCAAAUCCCAUCCCUCCAGGGACGUUUUCGCGUUUCACAGCGUUGAAUGCUCGGCGUUCGCGGCCCCGGCCGUCCGUGCCAUGGGUCAAAAUGGAAGACGAAGCCACAGAGGUGCUGCUGCCGAAGUCCGGUGCCGACCGGCUAACGAGUGUGUCGUCCUUGGGUGAGUUUUCCGCGUCCAUGGGCUCGUCGUCUCCCGGAAAGUCCGUUGGAAACCAAGGAGAUCUUCCACAGAGCGAAGCAGAAACGACUGAGGAGGCAGAUCCUUCUCCUGGCGAAGGGCCGUCUACGGUGAUGGCUGGCCCUACUGCGUCCUGUUCCUCCUCCUCAUCGGCAAUGCCUUUGAAGGAAAAAGUGGAGGACGAAUCUGUAGACCGGCAGAUUGCAGCAUGCAGUGAGGGCGGAGCGCCCAAGAGCGAACAGCGACUGCGGGCGGUUGAGGACCCAGCCUUCAGCCUGAAAGUUUCUCGGGAUUGGAAGGCGGAACUUCAACAGAUCCGCGCCACAGUGGAGGAUCCGAAUACCUCCGAGGAGGAAAAGAUCCAUAUCCUACACGAGGCAUUGCAACAGCGGAUCGAUGACACCAGGGCUCAGGAGGAAGUCAAGGCUUCGGUCCAGAAGCGCAUCGAGACGCUGACGGCCGAGCGGGAACGCUGCGAUACCGAGGCGCUGAGGCUCAACGGCAUGAAGGUAAAGUUAGAGGUCUGCUGCCGAGAGCAAAAAGAACAGAUGAACUGCUUGGCGAAGGAGAACCAAAACCUGGCGGAGGAGGAACGUCAACGUCACACGGAGCUGAAGGAGAAGUUUCAGGCCGCCAUCAAAGAUGUCCAAGAGAAGAUGGACGCGGAAUUGGAGGUGCGGCAAGGCUUCCUGAAGGAGAACGAUGACCUUCGCAGCAUCUUGGCAAAAACAAAAAUUCGUGGUGCCCCUGGAGAUGUUGCCGCCUAG